CCUCAACUCCCAGACCGAACAACGAGAGCCUCAACACUUCUCGUCGACGACGACAGAUAAACAAAUUUCAAGCUAUAGCUAGCUAGUAUCAAAAUCUAUCACACUUUCCUCCCUCAUUUAGCCAAAGCCAAGGUUCUCUGGCCUCAUGCAUGCUUGUGAGCUAUCAAAGUCAAUGAGGAAACAAAUCUCGAGAAGUAGUAAGUGAUCUCUAGCUACCACAAUAGCAAUAUCUCAAAAAAAACUAUCAAGUUGAAGUGAUCCAUUACUAUUUUCAAUGAUUUUUUCUAGGGCUUAGCUUGAGAGGGUUGACCCUUUUGCAUGUCCUUGUCGAUAAGAUAACAAUAACAAUAACCCAAAAAAAACAUCAUGGGUGCUAAAUACUAAAUGUCUAUGAGCUAUAUACAUGUACAAAAACAAAAUUUUCAAUGAACUAAUUCCCUUGCUACUUGCCCUACUUGCUCUCGCUGGAACUAAACUGCACCCAUGAUUUUGCUUCCUGGAAACAUGUGUCUUUACUCUUUUUCAUUAUUGUUGUCGCUACCAAUUUGGCAUGACAUGUUUCCAUCUGGGGAGGAAAAUGGUGGCUUUCUCCACAUGCCAUUGCUCGUCGUCCUAGCUCCUCCAAUAAGUGUCAAGUAUGGAUCAAUCAGUUCCAUUCCCCCUCUCUUUCCCAUUUUUCUAGUGUCCAAGUGGGUAGGUUAGAUAGAAAAGUUCUACUCUUUUCUAUGUUGGGUAAAAGCUAGCUAAGGAGUUCGUAUUCGUCUAAUCUUUACCAUCGGUUCUGCGAUGUGAGAGAGGGCUUCUUUUGGGUUGUUGAUGGGAUUCAUCUAGACUCCUUCAAUGUUUUGAGUCAUAUUAAUUAGACUAGUGUGGGCCCCGGCCAGUUGGCCGGAGGAAGGUAGGAUAGCAAUGGGUCGGGUUGGGUCGGGUUUUGCCAAAUUCAAAUCCAAAUUCAUGGGUUUAUCCGUGAAAAAAAUUCGGGGUAAAAUCCACUGGGUUUGAAAAACUCAAACCCAACUCAACCCCCUGGGUAUCCGCGGGUUCAUGGGUACCCACAGGUUUUUGUCUUAAAAAAUUUACAAUAACAAGUUGCUAUCAAAAUUAAAGUCAAAUAUCAAUCUCUCAAUACAAAUUAUCCAUAUAUAUAAAAUACCAUUCUAGAAAAUUCAAGCAAAUAACAAAUUAUCCAUAAAUAACAUGAUUAAUUGAAAGCUUCUUCCUUUCAAUUAAGUUUCUUCACUCUCCACUCGAUAACAUCAACUUCAUUCUACACAAUUAGAAAGAAAAAAUUAGACAUGUCUCCACAAACAUAAAUAAGAUAAGUUGUUUAGAAUAUUAAAUAUAUCGAGAAAAUUAAUUAUAUGGGUGUGGGCGGGUACCCAUGGGUCGGGUUUACCUAAACCCAAACCCAACCCAACCCGAUGAAUAUUGAACGGGUUUAAACCCAAACCCAGCCCAAAACCCGUCAACACGGAUUUUACCCGCGUUGACCGAGUUGGGUAGGGUGGGUACCCGUGGGUUCGGAUUUUGUUUUCAUCCCUAGAGGAAAGUGAGGUAUGAAAUUUGAUAAUGUAAUGGGGUGUAUAACUUAUUGUUGUAUAGUUUUUUUGGGAAACACGUGAUAAAAAUAGUGAAUUUUAGCAGGAAAGAGACAUUAAUGAUGCAACAAAUCAAAAAUCGGCCUUAUGAACCAAAAUCAAGUACCUGUUACCUUGUGAAACAAUAUUGUUUCUGGUAAUAUGAUGAGGUGGAGUAAGUUUUAUAGAAACUGAAUUCCAGAAAAUUGAAUAAAAAAUCGUCUAUCCCGUCGGUUUUCGGGAAAUGAGCAUCUCACAAUCGUUGCUAGCUUUUACUCGGCCCGUUGGCCGAUUAAUUUGGUUUAUAAAACUUUCAUCUUGUCGUCAUUGUGCUUUCUGGUUUUUUUCAGGCUAUGAUAAAAUCUAAGGAAAUAAAGAACGAACAACACGAUUUGGGAUAGGAACCGUCGUUGUCGUAUCCCCAGAAAAUGGUGGUAAACACGGACUCACCUGCCAAACUGGUUUGGAUUGAGAUUUUUAUCGGGUAUCAGGGAACCAUGUGAUUAUAAAUUAGACUUGAUCAAAAGGGGCCAAAACUUGAAAUGCAGCCUGUUUGACCGACCCAUGCCAAAUUCUAAUUAUUCUUUACUUUUAACUUUUUAUUUGAAAAUAAAAAAUAGUGAAAGAAAAGAGAUGACUGCCAUUUUCACAUCACUUAUUCGGGAAUAAAACCAUAGAAAUUCAAAAGGAACUGAAAAUGUUAGGAUCGUUUUAAUGUUUAAAAUAACCAAAUAGAUCUUUCUGUUUAGUUUUUUACUAACAAAUACCAAACGAUUCCCUAUAAAAUACACUAUGAUUUGAUCAUUAUGAUAUCAAAUAAUUAUAUAAUAUAUAUUUGAAAUGAUAAAAAUUGGACUAAUUGGGUUGGUCGAGGUUGAACCAUUGAAUAACUUUAAAAUACAUUAUAUUUUAGCCACUAAGAUAUAAAAUAAUAGCAUAAUAUAUUAUGCCAGUGAAAAUAGCUUGUUUUAGAAUGUCAAACCAAUGAUGUUCAUUUGUUUUACUUGAUGGCCAAAUCCCGUGUAGGUCAAACCAAUUCAACUCUUUUAUUUUAUGGUUAGCGGUUAGCCCAUUAGAUACCAUGCAUUAGUUUAUUGUUUAAUUUUUUAUUUUUAGCAAUAAAAAGAAGUAUUGUUUUUGCCUCUUCAUAUAUAUUUUAUCACCACGGAGAAAUAAAAGGGCUUAAUGAAAAAAUUGACACUCUUGAACCCGUUUAAAUCCGCAUGUGUACGGUAAGUUGGCCCGUUCCACAGAGGAAAGAGGAAAAAAUUGACACUCCCUAUUCUAUCAUUCCUACAAACGCUCCUGGAGCAGGAAAUUUGAAAUGGGGGAAGGGUUUUUUCCUCUCUGCUAUUAUAUCUUUUUAAUUUAAAAAGAUGCAACAAAUGUACUUAGUGUGAUUGGUUAUGAUCCUUACUUUUCCUUAAAAUGGUCAUGGUUCGAAUCCCACUACGUGUCUUUUUAAUGAAUUAAAAAAAGUAAGUGUGAAGACCAAAAUGUCCUUCCUACUUUCACUCUCGUUGCAGAAAAUUUGAAAUGGGGCUCCCGUUUUUCCCUUCGGUGUAUUAUAUUAUGUGUAGAUUUGGAUAAACAAAUGGGUUAAUUGUGAUUAAUCUUACUCCUCCAUUAUCCUAGUUACAAAUCAUGCAUCUUGUUAUCCAUAAACCAAAGAGCCCAAAACAAAUCUCAUCACAAAUUCACAUUGUGAUAUGCAUGCCAAGUAUACUUGACGAUAUCGGUCCACCAAACUUCACUAGUAUGAGACUUUUUUGGGAGGAUACCCCAAACGUAUAUUAGUGCGGAAUCGGGUCAAAGUGAACACUAUCAUACUAAUGGGGGCACUCAGUUCAACGAGUGACAUCAUAUCAUGAUUUUGGAGUUUGGAUCCAAGGCGGUACGGUGGAUCCUCGCUCAGUGACCCCGGGAUUUGAGAUCUACAUUUGUCUGGCGCAUCAAGUGAGAUCUGCAUUUGCUAGUAUAUCUUGCAGAUCAAGUGAAGAUCUACAUUUGAUAAACCCUUGUGUCAAGCACGUUCUGCGAUACAAAACGUCUGGCGGAUCAUGAUAAUCGUUGAGGUGAGGACACGAAGUUCGUGAUCAUUGUCUUGAGACUACGUACAUCGUUCGUAGAUACAAGGGAAACUACCUUUGUAUGUAAAUGCCCACCUAACUCAUAAGUACUAGACCAUUUAGAAGGAUAUCCAAAAGUAAAUCCAUGUAGACAUGGACCAAACGAGAUAAUAUCGUACUAAUGAAGCACUCGCAGUCCAUUAACUUAGAUGCAACGAAGGGUAACUCGAUCGUCAUAGAAAACUUUUCGACAUGUGGUAGCUGAAAAAACUGCAAAUUGGGAGAUAGGACCUAGCUAGGGAGGUUAUAUGAAUGAGAGUGAAGUGAUGAAAACCCUUGUGUGGAGUAUCGUCUGUGAUACAAAGUGUCUGGCGGAUCAUGAAAAUCGUCGAGGUGAGAACACGAAGUUCGUGUCUUGAGGGAAGGACCGUUAUGGUGCAAUCCAAAUACCACGUUCAUCGUAUAUACAAGGAAAAAGAACCUUGCAUAUAAUUAAAUGUCCACCUAACUCAUUAGUACGUACCAGACCUUUUAGAAGGGUAACUCGAAAACUUCUCGACAUGUGGUAUCUGAAAAAACUGGAGAUAGGACCUAGGGAGGGUUAUGAAGUGAUGAUAAGUAGCUGGGCUAUCAUUUUCAGCUACCUCAUAGCCUGACACUGUAAGGACCCAUCCAAACUCCAGAGCCAUUCUACCAUAAACCAAGAACUGGGGAGAAAGGGAGAAUUGCUUCUGCCGAAGGCUGAAGCAAAGCUAUAAUACGACUCUGUUCUGUUCUCUGCAUGGCCCUGUUCUGUUCUCUGCAUGGCCCUGUUCUCUGCACUAGUUUGUUUGUCCGUUCCUAUUACUUUACUUCUCUUCCAAUAAGUCUUUCUCCUCUUUCUGUGAGCGUGAAGUGAUGAUGAUAAGACGCGCUGGGCCAUCCAUUUUCAUCCGCCUCAGAGCCUGACAGUGCAUAAGGCCCCAAAACUCAGAGCAGUUCUGCCAUUUAAUUGGCCCAAACAUUAAGCAGAGCAAUGCGUCCAGAACCCAACCUAUCACUAGGUUAACAUGCACGGCCCUGUCUUCUCCGCACAACUUUAUCUUUUGGGCUUUGGUUAUAUUAUUGUUAGUGAUUCCUAAUUAACAUUAUUCUAAUUAAGGCUAAUUGAUUUUUGAUAUGGUAUGGUGAGGGGAGACGAUGGACGCUUUAUCCGAGCUUUCACAUAGAACUUGGGAGGGGGUUCGAUUACUCGUGCGGAGCUGACUGGGAUUGCUUAUGGGUUGAGGCUGGCUUGGGAGGAGGGGACCAUGAAGGUUGUUCUACAGAUGGACUCCUGCACUACGAAAGCCCUGAUCGAAAAUGCUACUCCACAGCACCCACAUUACACUUUGGUGGCUGAGAUCCGUCGGUGGCUAGAGCAGGCAUGGCUGGUUAGAAUUGAACAUGUUUACAGGGAAGCAAAUUAUGUGGCUGAUCAUCUUGCUUCCGUUGGUCACUCGUUACCCAUUGGGGUGCACGGGAUUCAAGUCCCGAGUAGUACUUUAUGUUACUGGUUGUAUUUUGACAUUGCGGGGAUUCAAACACCCCGUCUCAUUGGUCUGCAAUAAAGGUUAGGGUGCCCUUAGCGCCCUGUUUUUACCAAAAGAAAAAAAAAAGAAUCAGAGCUUUCUAUUACCGUGAAGUUUUUUGUUCGAAUCAACUCGAUGUGGCUCUUGAUUAACCAGGAAAUAAAAGCUAGAUGUUGUUGCUUGUUGUUGGUCAGCAGCUAAUUCUGUGUUUUACUUUUCUAUCUCAUUGACUCUAAUUUCUCCCACCAUACCUUGUCAUUCGUUUUAUGGGCCUCAUUUACGGCCAUUCUUUUCCUGCUGAUCAGGCCCAUUCAAGCGGCCUUGAAGGCCCAACUCACAGCUGUUCUCACUUGGCCCAGCAGCUGGCUCUUUAUAUUGCGGGGUUUAUUGUAAAGUUAGUUAUAGUUAAAUUGAUGUAUUGUUAGCAAUGCAUACAUAAUAAUAUAUAUGUAUCUAAUAUAAUUGGUGUAUUGUAGUUUAUAUCGUUUGGUUUUUAUGAUAGUUAUUGUAGUAUUUCAAUAAGUUAUAUUCCUUUUUGAGUAAAAUGUCACUUUUAUCCUUCGUUUUCAGUGUAAAAAAGCAACACACAUAAAAAAGUAGGGAAAAAAUUUAAAAAAGUUAAAAAACCCCAACAAUCUCAAUCAAACAAUCUCAACAAUCUCACCAAAAACUUGAGAUUUAACUAUCACUCAUUUUGAGUGAUAGUUUGUGUCAAAUCAAGCAAACAAUGCAUGUAUUAUUUGUACAGAAAAUUCAAAAAAAAAAAAACAAUGCAUGCAUUGUAACUAUCCCAAGCAAACAAUCACCAAAACCAAACGACCCUUAAUCUUGGAAACCAUGAACUAUUGCCUAUUGUGUUAUAUCUUCUUGGCCCAUUAUUAUUGUUGUUGUUGAGAGGAAUUCUCACGUACCGACCCGUCAGACCCGACAUAUCUAAUAUCUAACUCAAAUAGGUAGGUAAUUUUAGCAAUAGAAAAUGGUUGAACGACGCGAUUUUAGUAUAUAGUAUCCCACUGACUUUUCCGUAUAGCUUCCGAUAUGAUUUGACAUGUAAUUUCAAAAUGUUAUGGGAUAUGAAGAAUGAUGUCUCCCUGUUUUUGGCACUUGAUAGUUGAUACACGGUUUUUGGGGAUGACGAGCCCAUAGUUAUUUGGGCCACAUAGAAAAGCUUUGGGCUUCUUUAAACAUUUUUCAGAACUUGAAGGCACAAGCCAUGGAAACGAGCUGAAAUACUCGAUACAUAGAAAACGUACAUAAGCACAUCUACUAUGAAGUUGUACAUUUAUAGGUUUUUCCUUUAUGGUACAACUUGACGUUGUACCUUAAACGUUAUGUACAACUUUAGAUUGUACCUAUACUUUUUGUACAAAUUCUUUUAUGGUACAACUUGAACUUGUACUUUUAUGUGAUGGUACAACUUCAAGUUGUAAAGUUGUACCAUAACAUAAUUAUACAAAUUGCUUUAUGGUACAACCUAAACUUAUGCAUUUGAUGUUAUGGUACAACUUCAAGUUGUACAUUAAAGCACCAAUACUAUAUAGCAUAGUAGAACUGCUCUAACUAUUAAUUCACAGGAAACGGUUAUUUCGAAAACCAUCGCCCCAAAAUUAAACAGGAAACAAUUCCGAAAUCCGCAAAAUUUACUCCAGCACGCAAUGACCCAACUCCCAUCAUACCACAAAAUAACCAUUCCUCAAUCGAGAAUCGGCAAACUUUCAGCAAAUAUUCAACAGAGACAAUCAAUUACUUUCAUACCCAUUGACGGAAAAGAUGAACGAAAAGAACACCACCACUCCAUUAUUUCCCUCUGUCAUAAUCCACAGAAGUAGCCAGAGUGAAAGAAGAAAACAAUAAAUGAGCACAAAGGAAAAAGGUGGCAAGUUCUUGAAGAGGGAGGAAGUAGUUACAGAAGGGUAAAAUGGUUCCUCAAUUGUCCCUGUCUGCAUUGCUAUAAAAGAGGUAUAUAUCGUUUACAGAGUCCUUUUGUUUUUGGGUGUGGAAUGAAGGAUAUGUUGAUGG